AUGGGCCGGCAGAAUCACGUCUCUUUCCCAGCGCGCAAAGACUAUCUCUCGAUCCUAUACCAGCAGUAUAAAUUUGUCGUGGAUGGGCCGGCAAUUAUAAAACGGGGCUAUGAGCAAUUCACCAACGGCUUAUUCGAGAUUCCACGGACAUUUCGCUUUGGUCAGGUUAUUCUAUGCCAGCCGAAGUUGAUCGAAGAGUUGAAAAAUAAACGAAACUCACUGGUCUCGCCUGAGCCGUGGGUUGAUCAGCUGCUUCAGGUCUCUCAUGUCAUGCCUGGCUAUUUUCCCAAAGGAGGAUGGCCCAAAAUUGCCAAAACUACGCCUGGCGUGAUUCGUGCUACGGUUUCUAAGAACCUGCAUCGGUAUAUGCCUUCGAUGAACCAGGCGAUUGUCUCCCACCUGAAAACUCUAGACUUUAGCGGCGAGGAAUGCAACAUUGGCUGUUUUGAUUUGGCAUAUUCGAUCGUAGCUCGCAGUGGCAGUUUUGCUCUUGUCGGCUCGCGGCUUUCCCAGGAUGAGGAAUAUCUCAAGGCUGCCAAGGAUCACAUUUUGGGGAUGAUAGUGACCGCUCGCUUACAAUUUCUUGUUCCGGAAUGCUUGAAAGGAUACAUUGGGGGGUUGGUCAGUCGUCUCGCUACCCUCGGGACUAAUUGGGAUAUGAACGCCUCGCGUAAGAUUUUACUCAAACACUUCGAUGCACGUGCAGCAGAGUAUCACGCCGAGAUAUUUAGUGAGAACGGAACUCGAACUCCCGGUGAGACCAAGAUCGAUGAAUCGGACAAGCCGAUUGAGAUCUUUCGUUGGAUGUAUGAAGCGUGUAUGCUUCGAGACAGGUGGACAUACACAGAGGUGAUAGGCGAGAUCUUACUUCUGCAAUUCGCCUUCAUUUACACCACGUCUUAUGGGCUAUACGGCGCCCUGACCGAGCUAGCCCGAAGACCCGAGUACAUUACACCCCUGCGCGAGGAGAUUGAUAUGUUUUUCUCCAAAAUGGGUCCAACCGUUGCAGCCUGUGAUGGAAUGGUCCGGAUGGACAGCUUCUUGAAGGAGUGCCAACGGCUACAUCCCCCAUCAGCCCUCUCAGCCCACCGGGUCUGCAUCAGUGACCUCAAAUUUUCCAACGGUAUCACACUCAAGCAGGGCUCCCACGUUGCCGUCCCAAGUGGAAUCAUCCAGCGCUCCAACGAGUACUAUGUGAACCCAGACACCUUCGAUGGGUUCCGGUUCAUCAAGCAUGCAGCGGCUGGGCGCAAGGAUUCUCGACUGGUCGACCUGAGUCCUGACUAUUUGGUUUUUGGCAUGGGCGCGCAUGCCUGUCCUGGACGAUGGAUGGCCAGCGCGCUCAUGAAACUCGCAUUCGCGCAUAUCCUCAGUCGCUAUGACAUCCUCCUGCCCGACUCGUCAUCCGGUCCGUUGACAGGCUCACUUUCAUUCGAGGAGUUCUAUGUACCCAACUUCGGGCUGAAGAUCACUCUGCGCCAGCGCCGGUGA